AUGUCGGCACGCAACGCCCGCCUCUCCCCGCCGCUUCUUUCUGGCCCUCGGCGCUGCCCGUCGGCCGCUUCCUGGAGCGGACCCGGCGCAGCCGCACUGCCGCCCGGCGCAGGCGCAGUGGGGAAAGGCAGCGGAGGCGGCGGCGGGCUAAGGGAGCCGGGCUGGACGGUGAGACGGCCGUGGGGCGCGGGCCUGCAGGAGGACGCAGACGCCGAGGAGGAGGCUGCCAUGGAGAAUAGUGUGAGCAAUGCUAAGGAUGCUCGGAGCGCCUUGGAUGAAGAGGACAGAGGAAAUACAACUCAGCAGAAAACUCAGGAAGAAAUCCUCUUUCACGAGGAAACCAUUGAUCUUGGUGGUGAUGAGUCUGAAGGGAAUGAAACGGUAUCAGAAGAUUCAAAUAACUUUAUAGAUAAGCUUAAUGAACAAAUGAUGGAGAGUGUCAUUAUUUCAGACUCUCCAAACAACAGUGAAGAUGACACCGGUGAACUUGGUUGUCUGCAGGAGAUUGUAGAGCAAAUGGAAGCGAAGGAUAACCAAAAUACUCAAGCAGAAGUGGGUAAAGAAGAGCUUUUAAGUAAUGAGAGUGAAACUGAACAUGAAGAGACGCCCAAAGAUAUCUCUGAGAUUGGAACUGAUGAUCAGGCAUCUUUAAAGGAAGAGUCAAUUCAGGAAACAGAGAAAGAUGAACCAAAGUUGGGAAACAACAUUCCCGUUGAAGCAAAGCCAAAUGGUAUUGAUGAAAGCAAACCAGAUGACCAGAUAUCAUCACCCAGUACUAGCAGCAGACCAUCUGCUGAGGCUGAGCCUAUCCCUGUGUGUACUAUUUUCAGCCAAGCAAACAAUGCUAACGCUCAGCCACAGUUGUUCCUGCCUGAUGGCUUCGAGCCUCAGAUGGUGAAAUCUCCUAGUUUCAGUAGUAUCAUUGAGACUCCAGUGAAGUCUAAUACACAGGUGGUUCAGCCCAGUCCUAGUCUAAGCAAGUUCUUUGGUGAUACUGUUAACACUAAUACUUUAGCUUCAGAUUUUUUUGACUCAUUUACUACAUCCAAUUUUAUUUCUGUCAGUAAUCCCAAUGCGAGCUCUUCAGUUCCAGAACAGAUGUCCUCUCUGUCAAAUGGUGGAGAAAGUUCCUGUGCUCAGACCAACCCUACUUUCUCUGUAGGAAAUGGGAGACCUGAAGGAAGUGGUCCUCAAGCAUCCCUAGAAACAACGCAGUCCCCCAAACCAUUCUCACAAAUCCAGGCUGUAUUUGCUGGGAGUGAUGACCCAUUUGCCACAGCCUUAAAUAUGAGUGAACUAGACAGAAGAAAUGAUGCAUGGCUUCCCAGUGAGGAAACCAGAAAUGUUCUCAUCUCAGUUGCCACACAACAAUACAGUACUGUAUUCAUAGACAAAGAGAAUCUCACCAUGCCUGGAUUAAAAUUUGAUAAUAUCCAGGGAGAUGCAGUAAAAGACUUAAUGCUCCGCUUCCUAGGGGAGCAAGCUGCAGUGAAGAGACAAGUUCUAAAUGCCAACUCUGUUGAACAGUCAUUUGUAGGCUUGAAACAGCUAAUUAGCAGUAAAAAUUGGAGGGCAGCAGUUGAUUUAUGUGGACGUCUGUUAACUGCUCAUGGUCAAGGCUAUAAAAAAAGUGGACUACCUACAAACCAUACAACAGAUUCCUUGCAGCUGUGGUUUGUGAGACUAGCACUGCUCGUAAAACUGAAUCUCUUCCAAAAUGCAGAAAUGGAAUUUGAACCAUUUGGAAACUUAGACCAGCCUGAUCUUUAUUAUGAGUAUUACCCUCAUGUGUACCCUGGACGAAAAGGUUCCAUGGUUCCUUUCUCGAUGCGGAUUUUACAUGCUGAACUUCCUCAGUACCUCGGUAAUCCUCAGGAAUCACUUGAUAGACUGCACAGUAUGAAGAUAAUCUGCACCAAGAUAUUAGAAAAUUUGGAACAAGGCUUAGCUGAAGAUGGAAGUAUGACUAACAUUACACAGGAGAACAGACAAGCCUCUGUUCAGCUGUGGAGGUCACGUCUGGGCCGGGUGAUGUACUCCAUGGCAAACUGUCUGCUAAUGAUGAAGGACUACGUGCUUGCUGUCGAUGCUUAUCACACUGUCAUCAAAUAUUACCCACAGCAAGAGCCUCAGAUGUUGAGUGGAAUUGGAAGGAUUUUCCUUCAGAUUGGAGACAUAAAAACUGCAGAAAAGUAUUUUCAGGAUGUUGAGAAAGUGACUCACAAAUUGGAUGGACUACAGAGCCAAAUUAUGGUUUUAAUGAACAGAGCAUUUCUCCACCUCGGUCAGAAUAAUUUUGCAGAAGCUCAUCGAUUUUUCACAGAAAUUUUAAGGAUCGACUCAUCAAAUGCUGUGGCUAAUAACAAUGCUGCUGUUUGUCUUCUUUAUCUGGGAAAACUGAAGGAUUCCCUUCGCCAGUUGGAAGGAAUGGUUCAGCAGGACCCUAAACAUUACCUACACGAGAGCGUUCUCUUCAACUUAACAACCAUGUACGAGUUGGAGUCAUCUCGCAGUAUGCAGAAGAAGCAGGCUCUAUUAGAGGCUGUGGCUGUUAAAGAGGGUGACAGCUUUAAUACCCAGUGUCUCAAGUUAGGUUAGAUCAUUUCCAACUAAGUAUUUCCCUGCAGGGCUGAUUUUAAAAGUUGUAUAUACUCUUGCUACUGUGUAAAUGUGAAAUAAAAUAUAUUCAGUUAUAAAUACGCAAUGGCAUUAUUGUCUCUUAAUAAUCAUGUCAUUGUGAAGAUUUUGUGCUGACCUACAGCUAGCUUCAUCCCUACUUAGUUAUUCCUUGUUACAGUGCAUAUAUACAUACACUCAAUUACUCAGA